AUGUCACUGCUGCGAUUCGUGUCUUUCCGAAAUAUCUUCUACUAUGUGCAGAUUAUGGCAGAUUACUCGAUUGGGGAGAAGAUAUUAGAAGAACGCCUGUAUGACAGCGAAAACAAUCGUACUCCAGAGCCUGAGCAUGUUAUUAAUUUGAAGCAUGGUGUCGUUCGCGAAGCCUACGAAUUAUUUUUGACUCAUUUUGGUGCUAGUCCAAUAAAUGAGUUAAAGGCUGCGGCUGCUCCAGGACGGGUGAAUCUUAUUGGAGAUCAUGUUGAUUACUGUGAUGGAGUUGUUCUACCCAUGGCUAUUCCCCUGUACACUGUUGUGCUGGGCCGCAAAACGGAUGAUCAAAGGAGAGGAUUCACAAAUAUCUUCUCAUCCCAUUUCUCGGAUCCUGUUGUCAUUCGGCGGCCGUAUGAUACUAUCAUCGAAAAGAAUGUGAAUUGGGGACGGUAUAUCCAAGGUGUUUUCGCGUUAACGGCAUGUGACCUGUGUUUUGAUGUUGUUGUUCACUCCAGUAUUCCUAUCGGAUCUGGACUUAGCAGCUCUGCUGCACUCGAGUUAGCUUCAUAUCACUUCGUUUCCCAAUUCUUCCUAGAGCCUCUACCCACAGGGGUAAGUAGUGCAGAGCUAUGUCGUCGAGUUGAACACGAGUAUGCGGGAAUGCCUUGUGGAAUUAUGGAUCAGUUUGUUAUUGCCUUAGCCGAACAUGCUCACGCUCUUCGUAUUGAUUGCAGAUCGCUUUCCUACGAUUUGAUUCCCAUGAGCAUAUCCCACGACGCCCUCUUUCUCAUCAUUAAUAGCGGAGUACAUCACAUGCACGCCGGUGGUGAGUACAAGAAAAGAAGAGAAGUGGUUGAAGAAGUGCUUCGGAUCCUAAACCUACCUUCGUGGCGUGAUGUUACCCACGACCUCCUGCACGAGAAGUCGUCGCUUUUUAAUUCUGGUGCGCUUGAUUGUGCCCUUCAUGUCGUUGAUGAGAUCGAACGAACGUUUAAGGCUAGCGAGGCACUGCUAGAUAAUGAUAUCACUCAUUUUGGACGAUAUAUGUGCGAGAGUCACAACUCUCUCAAGGACAAAUACCGUGUUUCUUGCCCUGAGAUUGAUGAAUUAGUAUCACUUACGUUGUCAUGCGAAGGUGUAUUCGGUUCACGAAUGACUGGCGGUGGUUUCGGUGGUUGCACAGUUUCACUUGUGAGGAAGGAUAAUCUUGACGAUGUGAAGAAUUACAUUAAGGAGAACUACAGGGGUGGAACGCCGACUUUUUAUGAAUGUGAGGCAGUGUCCCACGCUUCUGCAGUCGAGCUCGAAUUUCUUGCCAAAGUUUAG